UGUCUUUUAGCCAUCGCUCUAAUCCAAAUUUUAGAACGGCAAGAUAAGGAUAUAUGAUAAACCGAGAACUGAAAUAAUAUGAAGUCAGCCACAACAACGUGAACACCUUGAUACAGAAUGAGGGAGAGUCCAAGGAGACCUAUAAUCCUCAAGAGGAGGAAAUUGCCAUUUCAGAGUAAUGAGGGUGAUGGAACACGGACCAAAGCCGCCCCGGCACAGACAGGCCAGGCCUUUCCGGAUGGCAUUCGUAUCAUGGACCAUCCCACUAUGCCUGAUACACAAGUGGUGGUCAUACCAAAGACUGCAGAUCUUCAGAGUGUAAUUUCUGCAUUGACUGCCAAAGGGAAAGAAUGUGGCCUACAGGGGCCAAACAAGUUCAUCUUGCUGAGUGGCAGCAAUAGUCUGGAGGAUGGAGUUGAUACUCUCUGCAGUGCCUCCUUGGAGGCUGAACCUGAGAGAUAUGUAACUAUGGACAGUAUGAUGGAUUCCACGCAAUUGACACCAACAAAAUCAGUGAAAAAAGAAGCAGAUUGCAGUCCAUUAAAUGACAGCCUGACAAACAUGCAGUGGUUGGGGAAAAUGAGCACAGAUGUCUUUGGCCCUGAGCCAGCAACAGGAAAGUCCAAUAAGGAAAAUCAGGGUGGCUCUGCACAGCUUCAGGAUCUGACACAUGCAGAAAAUGAGGGUGCAACAAAAGGUCCACUAUCGGAAAGACCACCUUAUUCCUACAUGGCCAUGAUCCAGUUUGCGAUCAACAGCAAGAAAAAUAGGAGGAUGACUCUGAAGGAGAUCUAUAACUGGAUAGAGGACCAUUUCCCCUACUUUCGAAAUGUGGCCAAACCAGGUUGGAAGAAUUCCAUUCGCCACAACCUCUCCCUGCAUGAUAUGUUUGUCCGGGAGACGACAGCAGAUGGCAAGAUCUCUCACUGGACCAUUCGACCAGAGGCAAAUCGUUGUCUUACUUUAGAGCAAGUUUAUAAACCUGUGGUUGACCCAGGGGCCCUCCCUUACCCUCAGGCCAUGCAGGUCUGUUACCAACAACAUCAGAAGCGAGGUCAACUCGAUCUGAAGAAACCUGCACUAGCUGGAAGCUCAGAGAGAAAGAUGAAGCCUCUACUGCCCCGUACAGACUCCUACCUGGUGCCCAUCCAGCUUCCGCUGGCCCCUUCACUCUUCUUGCCUUCCUCCACUCCUCUGCAGAGCUCCAGCUCUUCCAUUCCCUCCAACAGCGGGUGUGGAAAGCAGGUCCGCAUAGCGCCCAAGGUUUUCCAGAGGGAUUUUAGUUUGGCGCCGGUGCGCACACAGCCCUCAGAGGAGCCCGUGUGCGUUCCCCAUAGCAGCGACGCCUCCAGGGCUCCGCCGCCUGCUGUCCGACAAAGGGAGACCAGCAGCUCUCGCCGAAAGCAGCGCCUUGUCCUGCCCUCCAGGGAAGAGCCCGUACUGCUUUUCUCUCACAGCACUUUCAUUGACUCGGGCAUGGCCUCUGAGACCUCCACUUUCCACGACACGCGGGAGGAGGAGGAGGAGGAGGAGCCCCACCCUGAACCGCAGCCCAACAGCCCCAUGCAGGGUUACAUCUUCAAAACUCCCAUCAAGAGAAACCACCCGGCCUCCUCCACACCCAGCAAGCCGCCUGUGGCGCUGGAGCCCUGGAAGAUCACCCCACUGGGUAAAGGCAGCCGCAGGGUGUUGGACGUCAGCCCCAUCCAUACACCCGGUGGGCCACUGCUCACCCCGCAAUGCUCCGAAAACACCUCCUUCAGCCUGAGCAGCACACCCUUCAAGGAGCUCCCACUCUUCAGCUCCCCCCGAGAGCUGCUCACCUCCAGCUGGCCCUCUCCACUGCACACCUCGCCCACCUGCUCUCGAGAGCUCCAAGUGGGGGCCCCCGCUGCCAGUGGCGCUAACAGGUCUCUCACGGAGGGCCUGGUGCUGGACACCAUGAAUGACAGUCUCAGUAAAAUCCUGGUGGACAUCAGCUUCUCCUGUCUGGAGGAGGAGGACCUAGGCAUGACCAAUAUCAGCUGGUCUCAGCUCAUUCCCGAGCUGAAAUAAACCCGCAAUAGCCACCACAGCACAUCUUUUACCUAAGCUGCUCUGCACUCUGUCUUCCACUGCCUUGUUAUUUUCUACUUUUAUGUGUUUUAUAAAUGUGAAUAUUUUUCCCCUCUGCUUUGUGAUUACCCACAGUCCUUGUCUGUCCUCCUGUGUCUGGCUUCAUAUCCCACAUUACACUCCAUUUCAAAGUGGGAACAGGAGUGGUCAGUGAGUAAAACUGUUGAAGGAAUGUACUUAGAAUUAUUUUGCACAGUGUGUGUGUGUGUGUGUGUGUGUGUGUGUGUGUGUGUGUGUGUGUGUGUGUGUGUGUGUGUGUGUUUAGCAGUUUUUAGAAAAACUUGUACAUGGACACAUGGAUUUACCAGAACCCCUGGUCUGACACUACUAAACAAAGAUUUUACAAUAUGAUGCAUCAGUAGGAGUGGACCUAUAAUUCAAGCUGACUUCAAGCAUAUCUCUGGUGAAAGUGCAGCAAAAUUAAGUCAUCUGUAAACAAAUCUUUAGCUCAGAAUUUAGCGUUCUUUCUCUUAUUGGGAUACUUGGCUUAAGAGUAUUAUCUUGCCCUUUAGUGAAACAUGCUGAUAAGGAUUUUUAAUGGUGCAUAAAUGUAUACAUCCCUAAGGGUCAGACUAAAAUCUGUUUAAUGAUGGUUCUAUCGAGACAAAUCAGUAAAAUGAAAAAGUAUAUAGUAGGAAGUAAGCCUGCACUGGUAUUUGAGGGGGAAAAACAUUUUAAAUGACUGUUUUGUCUAUGCACACAGUGAUGGCUUAAAAUCUACACUAAUUUACACUGCAUUACUAAGUAGAAUUGUGAUUUACAGGCUUUUUUGUAUAUUAAAUUAUACACACUUUUUCCCCCCUCUUGACCAUACUUUUUUUAAAUUGUCCCUGUUAGAAAUCUAAAAUGAGUGGUUAUACAGUAUGCAGGAUCCUCUGACAUUUUGGUUUUUAUAUGUUCAGAGUUUGUUGCCCAUCCAUUCAGUGUAUUUUUAUUUACAUUCAGACAAGAACAUUUCAUGUCACCUGCAUCAUAGUGUUUGUAUAUUUCACUGAGGGACAUUUAAGAGGAAAACGAGACAUCUGCUCUUUUUUUUUUUUUUUAGGUUUUAAGAGGAUUCUGAAAUGCAAAAACAUGUCCUAGUUGUUCUUGAGUAUCUUAAGUAACGUUCCUUGGGAGUUUAGAAGGAAUCAUGAUAUUCUGAGGUACUAAUCUUAACAUCAGACAGUUAAUUGAUUUGUGUAGCUAGCCAACAUUGCCUUUCAAUACCAAACACAAUGAGGUAAUAACUACCAGCUUGAGUAACCUGGCCCUAUAUGUACAAUGUUUAAUAGUUUGAUUACUUAGGGUGCAAGUUUUUUGGUUUGUUUUUGAUGCUUUUCUGUCAAAGCUUGCGCGUCCUCCCCUGCCUACACACACACACACACACACACUCUUUUUACCUCUGAAAAGGGGUAUUUUGAGAUCUGAAUAAAGAGUAUUCUGUGAAUAACAUUU